UUUGAUAGCAUCCUUAGUAGUCUCUACUUCAAUAUUCUAUUUUCUACCUUCUCAAGUGAACAAUUUUGUUCUAUAUAUACAUGCAUGCAUGUAUGUAAGAUGCAUGGCUUAAAUCAACCUCAAGGUAGAAAAGAAAAACAUAAAAGAGAUAUGAAUUAUCUUGUAGUGUUUAUGAUUCUUUCUCUUUCAAUCUCAUAUGCAGCUUCUACUUCACUUGACAAGAGUUUCAUGCAGUGCAUGUUAACCAUAAUUGGUGACUAUUCUAAAAACAUUGAAAAAACAGUCUUCAACUCAUCCUCUUUAUUGUAUCCAAAAGUUUUGGAAUCAUUGGAACAAAAUCCAAGAUGGUUAAAUUCAUCAAACAAGCCUCUUCUCAUUGUUAAACCUUUUCAUGAAUCAGAAAUUCAAGCAGCAAUUCUAUGCAGCAAAGAGAUUGGUGUUCAGAUUAGAGUAAGAAGUGGCGGCCACGACUACGAAGGGCUAUCUUAUCUAUGUAAGACACCCUUUAUCAUGAUUGAUCUCAUCGAAAUCCGUUCGAUCAAAAUUAAUCUUGUCGAUGAAACAGCUUGGAUUCAAGCUGGUGCAACAUUAGGUGAACUUUACUAUAAAAUUUCAAAAGCAAGUAAAGUUCAUGGAUUUCCUGCUGGAUUAUGUGCAAGUGUUGGAAUAGGUGGUCACAUAAGUGGAGGAGGGUUUGGUACUUUGUUGAGGAAAUAUGGUUUAGCAGCUGACCAUGUUGUUGAUGCUUACCUUAUUGAUGCAAAUGGAAGGAUUCUUGAUAGAAAAUCAAUGGGAGAAGAUGUUUUUUGGGCUAUAAGAGGAGGUAGUGCAUCAAGUUUCGGAGUCGUUCUUGCAUGGAAGAUAAGAUUGGUUAAAGUUCCAUCAAUCGUUACUGUAUUCAGCGUCCGAACAGUAGAGGAACGAGCUAAAAAGCUCUUUCAUAGGUGGCAAUACAUAGCAGAUAAAUUGCAUGAAGAUCUUUUCAUUAGAGUAGUUGCUCAAAAUGAUGGUUCAAAUUCAAAACAAAUAAUACAAGCCUUUUUUAACUCUCUUUUCCUUGGAGGAAAAGAUAAGUUAAUACCAAUAAUGAAUGAGAGUUUCCCUGAAUUGGGGUUGCAGGCUAAAGAUUGCAUUGAAAUGAGUUGGAUUCAAUCAGUUUUGUAUUUUGCAGGAUACAACAAUUGGGACCCACCAGAAUUUUUGUUGAACAGAACUACCAUCUACAAAAGCUCAUUCAAGGCUAAAUCUGAUUAUGUAAAAGAGCCUAUAUCAGAAACAAGUCUAGAAGGUGUUUGGACAAUGCUUCUAAAAGAAGACACAUUAGCAUUACUAAUAAUGGAUCCUUAUGGUGGAAAAAUGAGUGAAAUUUCAGAAUCUGAAAUCCCUUUUCCACAUAGAGAGGGAUACUUGUACAAUAUACAGUAUAUGGUCAAGUGGGAAGUGAAUACCAUUGAUGAAUCCAACAAGAAUUUAAAGUGGAUGGAAAUGGUUUACAGAUACAUGACUCCUUAUGUUUCAAAAUCACCAAGAGCUGCAUAUUUCAACUAUAGGGAUCUUGAUUUAGGUAGCAACAAGCAUGACAACAAUACAAGCUACUCUGAAGCAAGUGUUUGGGGAAGCAAGUAUUUUAAGGGAAACUUUAGGCGCUUGGCAAAAAUUAAGACAAAAUUUGAUCCUCAAAACUUUUUCAGGAAUGAGCAGAGCAUUCCUCUUCUAAAUAUCUAGAACCUUGAUGUAGUGUUUUAAUAGUGGAUAAGAAUUAUAUAGCUUGUAGUUUCAUAUCAAUGUUGUCAAAAUUUAAUACAAAGUGUCGUCAAAUAACAGUUAUAGCGGUACGAUAGUAUUGUAGUGUGUUAAUCUUAUAACAGCUAACGUGUUAAUCUUCUGCUAUGCAUUUGUAAUAAACCCAACCCUGAAUGAUUUGCAGCCAUUUCAUAAUUAUAUGUUAGUCUUAGAUAAUACAAAUCAUAUGUUCUUUUUAAAUAGCUAAAUGAAUUUUAUAAAGCUUU